AUGGAUGAUAGGAAUAGUGAAAGAGUCCCUCUUCUUCAAAUAGGAAGACAAAUUGAACAAAAAAGUUGUCGUGAUGCAUUUUGUUCGUGCUUAUGUAUCUUCAUAUUUAUUGGAACAAUUGUGGUUCUUUCUUUCUCUGGAGGUACACCUGAGUUUGAUUUACCGGUAGAUAUUUCGCAAAUCCCAAACGCAUAUCAACUUCGACCCAACCGAUUUGUUUAUGUUAUUGAAUCCCUUCCUGUUGAAUUUGAAAGCAUAACCAAUUAUACAUCUACUAAUGUUACGAUAACAAGUUCAAUGGAUAGUUUUGAACAGGAACCUUUUGAUAUGCCAACUGGUGUAUUUAAAAUAGCAGAAAUUAUUCCAAUACCUAAAUUUUGGACAUAUGGAUUUUAUGAAAUUCGUGAAUUUCGAUACUUGCUCGAUGGAAAUGCUACUAGGGUAUCAACAGUCAUUUCAAAAUUUGAAGGAUUGUGGUCAAGUUCAAUCAAUAUUCAGUUUACUGCAGCAAAUAAUAAAAGUUUAGAUCCGUCAUUACUUGAAACUUGUGAAUAUAAAGUUAUUCGAAACUUUUUCUUAGAUGGAGUGAUUCAACGACGAUGCCCGAGCGAGAAUGAAUUUUAUAAAGUUGCUUUGGUUCAAGGUCCAUUUCUAUCCGAAUGGAAGUUUUUGUCUUUGAAUAAGAGUGUUGAAUUCGGAGGAAUAUCUAAAAUGGAUUUUCAGAAUUAUAAGAGGUUGUAUAUACGUAGUAAUAUCAUUCGUGCUUUCACUAUUUAUAAGGUUAUUGAUCGCAGUGAUUAUUUUUUUUAG